AUUCUACUUGGAUCGAUUGUUCAUAACGUUUGUUGUUUCUACCGGUAUCUACUCUUUAGUUAUAGUAUAAUAGACGGUAAGCUCCAUGACAAGUUUAGUCGAUUCCCAUUUGGAACGUAGUAGUGGUAAUGAUCUUGAAUGUUGGCUGAAAAAUGCUUCGGAACCUAUUCCAGUUCAAAUUGAAUCUGAGGAAAUACCUUUAAUCAAUUUAGACGAAUCUUUCGACCCUCUUAGACAUCAGAGAGUUGAACUAGUCAAAAAGGAUGUUACGCAUACUAAACAGAUACAUAUUAAACGGAAAUCUCCUCUUCAAAGUUCACCAAUCCUUGAUGGGAGAACUAGAAAGUCGUCUUUAACUUCGCCAACCCUCGAUAAUGAAGCACCUUGGAGACAGAGUCCUAAAUAUCCCGGAUCUCCAUUUAGUGCUGGAACAUUUACCAGUUUUAAACCCAGAAAACCGAGCUGGGACGAUUUGGAUUUAACCAAUCAUAGUCGCAGAAUCGAGAACAAUUCUCCUCAAUUUAAAAUUGAUAAGAAAAAUAAUUACGUUCAGAAUGUUGGAGAUAUUCUCAGACAAAGAGAUUUCUCCACUCAAACAUUUGGACAGUUACAGAAAGUAAAUUAUUCAAAUGUUCAAACGCAAACUUCUGAAUUUUCGUUAAUUAAAGAAUAUAAACCUCCAAUCUUACAAAAUCAUCAUCAAGAGCGAAAAGAUAAGAGGAAAGAUAUACCAAUUGAAGGGAUGGGAAAUGGUGCGAGAAAUUCAGAUCAAUCAAAAAAGCAUUUAAUGAAACUAAUGCUGUCACAAAUUCGAGAUUUGAAAUCUCAAAUGCACGAAAUAGAACCAAAUGUACAAAAGGAAUCUCGGAGGAAAAAACAGAGUAGAAGUAGCAGAUCUAUUUCGGAACCAGAAGAACAUAUGGAUGUUUAUACAAAGAGAAGGUUAGAACUUUUAAAUAGGAGUGCUGGACCUCCUCCAAUAUGGAAUCAACCUCCACCUCUUCCCCAUGCUACAAGAUAUCGCGCCCCGAACUGGAUAGCGGGCAAUCCCAACCCAAUGCAUCAUCCUGCUCCAGUGCAACUACCGCCUCCUCGUCCCUAUCCUUCAAUGCCUCCACAAAGACUACAUCAACAAAACGGCCUAAGACCGAGUGCCUUCACACCCAUCAAUAAUAGAAUGCAGGAGCCGUCUCCAAUGUUGUAUAUGUCUCAAGGAUCUCCCCCGCUCUUGUUCAUAGCUAGUCCACCAAGGAAUCUAGAUGACGAUUGCUCGUCAUGCAGUUCUUGCUCUUGUUCGGGAAGGUGAAUGACUUAAUUGUUUAUUCAGUUGAAAAGAGACUUAAUACCAAACUGUUAGAACAGUUUGUCAACAGAUAUAGUGCCACUUUGCUUUCUUUGAAUUGUAAGUGAUGUUUAGUUUAGCUAAUACUCGAUAUACGAUUCUAAGGGCUAAUUAGUAAAUAUUAAUUUUUAAUAUCCAAACAGACACACUAAAAGCUUAUUUGCCUCAAAAAGAGCCUCUUUUUUUUUCAACACUUAUAGCCCUAACUUGAAGAUUAGCUAAACCAAUAUAUCAUUUAGACCUAACUCUUAUUGUCAAUAAAAAGUCUUUUGUACUAUUUUUGAAUCAGGCCUAUAUAAAGUAUUAUAUACAUUGCAAUAUUUGGAAAAAAAAGAAAAAAAAUUGGAUCAAUAAGGCUUAUUCUUUCCUAUCCAAAUAGCAUAUCUUAAAAAAUUGACUUUUAUCACUUUUUAAAGCUUAUUAAUAGAUUCUUA